AUGGCCAGGUCACCCACCGCCUUAAUUACGUAUAAGAUAGCACUGGGAUGUAUCAAGAUACAUCAAAGCUGGGUUAAUUUCAAAGUGGGCAGUAACAGUCCUCUAGAUAGGCCUGGCAGUUGCUGUUUGUUACAUACAAACAAUUCGUCAACAUGUGAAACUGUCGAUUUACGUCGAUCUGUGAGUCUUCUGGAAUGCAAUAUUAAUCAUUUACAAUACGUCAUUUUGAUGGAUCAGGUCGAAAGCAGAAAUACUGAAUCAGUGUUGGUUGAUCAGGUUAAUAUGUUAGCCCUCAGAGUGGAAAAAUCAAAUCAAAGACUACUACAAGUGCAGUCACGUCAAAAAAAUAAGGAUGCCGCCUACAGUAAAAUAAAAAACAAAGAUGGGAAUUUUAGGAAUGGUUUCAAGCGUUUGAAACAAUAUUUCAAGCGUAAAUCUAAAGCCGACGAAGAUCCUUAUGGUUAAGAGGACGAGAAAACAUACACUGUAAAAAAGAUUUCCUUCCAGCAGCUGAUUUACCAGAAUUUAAAUUUUGCCUUCAGUUAUAUAACAGAAUUUCUUGUAAAAUAUUUGCUUUAAAUAACAGAAAUAUUUUACGACAAAAUCUGUUAAAUUACAGAAUGACUAAUAAUAUUUCCUGUAAUUAACAGAAAAUAGGAAGGAUAUUCUGGUAAAUCAGCUGCCGGAAUUUUUCUAAUAUUUCCUGUAAUUUAACAGAAAAAUAGGAAGAAUAUUCUGGUAAAUCUGCUGCCGGAAUUUUUCCUUCCAGUUCUGUAAAAAAACAGAGUUUUAAAAAGGAUAUUCUGGUAAUAAAUCUGUUGCCAGAAAUCAUUUUCAUUUUACUGUAAAAUAACAAAACAUUUCAACUUUAUGUGUUUAUUGGUAUUAUUUGUGCAUUUAAAAUAAUCAGAGAAAAUGAUGUUAACUACACCUUUAAUUAUACAUACAACUGAAAAUGUGGGCGUAUAAAAACAAUCUCUUGCAUAAAAACUGAUGAACUUGAAAUACAUACUCAUCACUAAUGACAUCUUUUAAUGAUAUUCUCAUAAGUAAUGACAUCUUCAUAACGUUCUGAUUUAACUAAUUCGGAUUU